UUUUACAAUUCGAUUCACCCUUAAUCUGUCAUUUCGUUUUUGAAAUCAUUGAUCCAUCGUGAUUGGGCUUUAUGCUUACCAUCCGGGUUGAUUACUAGAUAUGGGGGUUUACCUAAGCACACCUAAAACUGAUAAAACAUCCGACAAUGGUGAGAAUGAGAAACUGAGAUAUGGAGUCUCAUCCAUGCAAGGAUGGCGCACAUCAAUGGAAGAUGUUCAUGCUGCUUUACUUGACUUGGACAACUCCACAUCUUUCUUUGGCGUUUAUGAUGGCCAUGGAGUUCAGGCAGUCUCUAAGUUCUGUGCCAAGUAUCUUCACCAGCAAGUCCUGAAGCAGGAAGCUUAUGCUGCUGGUGAUAUUGGAACUGCUGCCCAGAAAUCUUUUCUCAGAAUGGAUGAGAUGAUGUGUGGACAACGUGGCUGGAGAGAGUUGGCUAUAUUGGGAAAUAAAAUGGAUCAAUUCAGUGGCAUGAUAGAGGGACUAAUCUGGUCACCAAAGGGUAACGAUUUAAAAUGUCUAAAUGAUAAUUGGUCUAAUGAGGAGGUUUCUUGGACUUGCUCCUCUGAGAGGUUUCUUCACAAUCUCUUGUUUCUGGUGUGCAACAUCAACAACAAUAAUUUCUUCUCUUGGGCUAAAGAGAUAAUGACACAUGCCAAGGAAUACAAGAUGAUGACUUGUCUUCCAUCAUUAUCUCAAAAGGAAAUACUUGUUAAGCUCUUUCAAUCUGCUGGGACAUACAACACCUAUCCAGGCUGGAUCCCUUUUACUUGUGGGCCCAUUUCUUGA